AUGGAGGAUGAAACAGCCUCACCUCAUGUUAAGGAAAAAAACAAAAUGGUUGGGAAUGAUGGUCAUAGUGACGAAGGGGCCGAGCUAAGAAGCGAACAGGGCGCCAGUGAUAAGUGUCUUCAAAAUGAUUCCUCAGAAAGUAUAGAACAAACGAGAAGAAAAAAGAGGAAAAUUGAAAAGGGUAAUUUAAAAAGUUGUGAUGAAGAAAGUGAGGCGAACCGUAAGGGUAUUGAAAAGGUAUCAGGGGAAAAAGAAGAUGAGGGAACCCUGUCAAGUGACGACAAAAGCUCUAGCAGUGAUGAAGACCAUGAUGGUUUGUUGCUCACUUCCAAGUUUAAAAAAAAGUUCAGUGAUUUGUUACUCAAGUUAAAAAGUAAAGAUGCCACCUUGCUGUCCAAGGAGGGAGAUACUUUUUUUCACGACAGUGAUUUUGAUACGGACAUGUCGGACGACGGUGGGGACGACGAAAAGGGAAAAGUUGACCAAGUGGACCAACCUGGUGAAGAUGGUCAAAUUGGCGAAGUUAAGGAAAGCACCGCAAAGGGAGGCAGCCUGAACUAUGCGGACUACUUCAAAGACAUACUAAUGAAGGACGGGUCACACGCCAUUGAUCAGGAGGAGGAAGAACUGAUCGAGAAGGAAAAAGAAGCCUGCUCGCAAAAAAACAAAAAAAGCUACCUAAACGAACAGGAGGAAUUAAAAAAGAAAAUUAUAGAGGCAUGCAAAAUUGCAGAUGAACAAAACGAAAAUGAAGGUGACGAUGAAAAUUUCUUCACUAUAAAGGAAAAAACAGAAAAGGAAAUUUUGGAGGAAAAAGCAUAUUAUGAAAACUUCCUAAAGACAUCCAGAAUUGUCAAGGAAGAGGAUGGACUGUUAAAGGAAUACUGGAAUGACAAUUUAAAUAAAGAUGAAGAAUUUUUAAGGGACUAUAUUUUGAAAGAAUUGUGGAGGGAAGAUAAAAUACACAACGCUUAUGAAGAAAUUGAUGAAGUAGAUGAUGAAGAUUUGGACAAAGCUGCCAAAUUUGAAAAGACGUAUAAUUUUCGCUAUGAAGAGCAGAAUGGAAAUAUUAUAAAUUCCAACCCGCGCCAUAUAAAGAGCAGCGUGAGGAUUGACUUAAAGAAGGAAAAGAGGAGGGAAAAACGCAGAGAAAAAAGGAAGAGGCAGAGGGAAAAGAAGCGGAAAAAACUUACGGAGGAUUUGAAAAAGGGGGACAGCAAAGGGGGCAAGAAAAAGGAAAAAAACCUGGACCGCAAUAAGGCCAACCCUAAAGAGGAGGAUCCCCUUAACAAUGUCAACAAUAACCCAAUUAACGGCGAGGGAGGGUUAGACGCGGAGGAGAGCACCACUGCCAACACGAGGAAAAAAAAAAAAAAAAAAAAAAAAAAAGCAACUGAUGCACAUUCGGGUGCUGUCGAUAAUUCGAACGACUUGUGGUUUUUGUGCGACGAAUGCAAUGUACCCAUCAGCCCCCUCAAUUAUGUGUACGAGUGCACCUGUUGCGACAACUUUGCCGUGUGUAAACCUUGUUUUAAAAAAAUAACACAUGAACAUGAUUUGAAGAAGCAGAUAGUGCCUCUGUAUUGCGUACCUCCAAAGGAUUACCUAAAAGGGAAUGCUCCUGACAAAAGUGGAUCCAAAAUGAACAACCACAAUGACGAUGUGGAGAAAUGUGGCGAAUUGGAAUACCUAGAGAACGACUCGAGUGCUUAUGAAGACCUAAUUGAUGACAUGCCCAUUCGAUUCAAAUAUUUCAAAGUGAAGCCUAAAAAUUUUAAACUAACCACCGAUUAUAUUUUAAAAACGGAUGACGAAACAUUGAAUCAGAUUGUCCCCCUACAUUAUGUCUCCCCCUACUUCAAGAAGGAUGGAAAGACCAAAUUUCGAGGCGCUAGCGGAAAAAAACACGAUGCCCAGGAAAAAAAGAGAUCGAAAAUUAAAGGGAAGACUGCCGCACGCAAAGGGCGGGACGAUUAA